CUAUCUCGAUUCUCCCCCAUCUUCCUCAUCUCCCUCACCCUCCCGAACUCCAUUAUGGACAAGCCUUCCAUAAGAGACUCUCUCUUUCAUUCAGUUCUCAAUGUCGCUGGUAGAGCUCUACCGUCACCAACAGAAGCUCAGAGAACUAUAUACAGCGAUUUCAUUCGGGUUACUUUGGAAAAAGAGAGAGAUUACUGUCCCCUCCGUGCUCUAGUCUACGUGCACAAGUGCAUUGCCCAUGGGGGUGAAGGGGACGUUAUAACGCAUUUAGACUGGCAUGGAGGUGCUUUUACUACUGGAAGCCCCGAUUUUCUACCCUGGCUGCGACCUCACUAUCGUCACCUCCAUACCGAUACCACAAUCGUUAUCAGCCCAUACUAUCCACUUAUGGACUCGCGGGAGAAAGAGAGGAGCUACGGCCAAACCCUCUACAGUUACGCAGACGACAUUCUUGAGUGGGUCUGUUCCGGGGCACUCUUCUGCCGUCUUCGAGAAAUGAUUCCUCAACUCGUCGCCACUAUACAACAAGGUUACAUACACCUCUUGUCAGGGGAGAGUGCUGGCGCAAAUCUAGCCGGAUACUGCUGGAUGUCACCGAAAUGUCCUCAGAUUAAGACAAUGUACUUGCAAUCCGGAAUGUAUCGCAACUACUGCAGAACACCAGGACACGAUUAUAUGGGCAGAAAAGUUCACUUGGGUGAGAUUGAGAGACUUGCAUCAGAUCUCUUGUUGUCUAUAUUUGCUGGAGGCCCGAGUGAGGCACGAAUGGGAGAUGCCCCCCCUGGAGGAAUGGGAUCUGCGUACCUGCUCUCUUCAGCACUCAUACCAGUAGUCGUUAACGGUGCACCAGGAAAACUCCAAUCACUCUGGCAGUUGUUGUUCCAGGAACCAGACCUCAUCCAGCGACUUCGGAACUAUCAGGGAUUGGAUAAUAACGAGGAGAUGGUCAUACCUACUAGCCAGGAAAGCAAAAGGGUAAUCGUUGAUCCGAAAACGAUUGUCGAUCGUCUGGAUAAUGCUCCUGCGAGACUGCAUGAUUUCGGCAUUGCAUAUCUUCCUGAGCUCAACGCUUUCGGAUACAGUCAGGCGAUUCCUCUUCAGAGUCUCCCAGUCUCUGCCCCGGAUAUGUUCAUUACACAUGGUGACGAGGAUACAAACUGCAAUAUUGACGAUUCAUUGCAAUGGGAAUCCAAUGUACGGCGUGUGUGCCCCCAAGCUCACGUUACGCGAUUUAUAGCCCGAGGGAAAGGACAUGCUUUUGCGUAUUAUCAGAAUGACGAGUGGCUCCAGUCAGUGACAAACGAGAUCAUGAAAUCAGUGCGUUCAUAGUCUAUUUGAUUUGAUAGUUGAGAGCAGUAUUGACUACAAUUCAUUCUUUUCUUGCGCUACUAUAUGAGACCUUGUUAAACCUGUUGUUAAACCUGUUGUUAAACCUGUUGUUAAACCUGUUGUUAAACCUGUGCUAUUCCAAACGUAAAAUCCCCUAAUCUGCAGAUACUAUCUCCACGGACUCAAGUAUUCCAGUACACUCAGCUGCCACACCCUCCAUAUUAUUAUCCGUAUUGGCGUUUAGUUCAAACCUCGACGAGUUUCGGCUCUCAUCGUCGAUGGACCCAUCAUCUGAGCGCCACGAAGAAUACGGUGGCGGAGAACACGCGGUUGAUCGAUAUCUUCGAUUAUAUGGGCGGUCUUCGCCCCAGUUGAAGACAAAUCGGCGCAAUCGGGUGGCAAAACUUGGCCUAGGACGUUCGCGAGUAGUAUUUGGGUGGCUGAAAACAAUGAAAAUGCACAUAGCUUGUUUGUUU